AUGGUGCGUUCCGCGUUGAUACUGGUGUCGAUUGGUUUGUGCUGCUUUGCCGCGCGUGCCGAGCGACCUCCGUUCCAUAGUAGUGGCCUAUACGUCGACGAGCCGGAACUCGCCGCCAGUGAGGCUGCGGGCGAUAUUAUCGGUGUCGUGCCGGCGCAACCCGUGGACGAGCGGUACCGUCUGCCGAAAACGUCCGUCCCGAUCCAUUACGAGCUUCAUCUGCGCACGGAAAUUCACAGCAAUGUGCGUACGUUCGAUGGGUCCGUGAGCAUCCAGCUGCAGGUGCUGGAAGCGACGAACCUGCUGGUGUUGCACAACCGUGGACUGGCGAUCGCGUCCGCGCAGGUUUCGUCCCUGCCGAACGGAGUGGCCGGUGCACCGACACUGAUCGGUGCCGCGGAGUACAGCACGGACACUACCUUCGAGCAUAUUACGUUCACGAGCCCCGCCAUCCUACAGCCGGGCUUCUAUCUGCUGGAGGUCACGUUUGAAGGAAGACUCGCGACCAACGAUGACGGGUUCUAUGUGUCCUCCUACGUGGCGGACAAUGGCGACCGUAGAUAUUUGGCCACGACGCAGUUCGAAUCGACGAGCGCCCGCAUGGCAUUCCCGUGCUACGAUGAACCGGCGCUGAAGGCAACGUUCGCGGUGUCGAUCACGCACAGCCCCACCUACACGGCCAUCUCGAACAUGCCGGAAAAGGAGACAACCGACCAGGACGGCAUGCGUACGACGGUGUUCGAAACGACGCCCGCCAUGUCGACCUAUCUGCUCGCGUUCGUCGUGUCGGACUUCCAGUUUCGCACCCGCGGCACGCAGCGUGUCUACGUGCGCCCGAACGCGUUCUCGGAGGCGUUGUUCGCGCUGGAAGCUGGCGUUAAGAUUCUGCAAGCGCUGGACGACCAUCUGGGCAUCCCGUACGGCAUGUACAUGCCGAAGAUGGACCAGAUUGCCGUGCCCGACUUUGCGGCCGGUGCGAUGGAAAACUGGGGCCUGGUAACGUACAGAGAGCAGGCACUAUUGUUCAACGAGGCGGUAUCGACUUAUCGCACGAAGACGAACGUCGCGACCACGAUUGCGCACGAGUACGCCCAUCAGUGGUUCGGUGAUCUGGUGACCCCCGAAUGGUGGGAGUACAUCUGGCUGAAUGAAGGUUUCGCCACGCUCUACGAGUACUACGCGCUGCAUCUUGCCUACCCGGACCAGGAGUACUGGGAGCUGUUCAACUUGCAGGUCAUCCAGGCCGCGAUGGUGCCGGAUGGGCAGGCGUCAACCCGCCCGAUGAACUGGAAUGCGGCUACACCGGGCGAAAUAUCGUCGCUGUUCGAUCGUGUCGCGUACCCGAAAUCUGGCAGUGUGCUGAACAUGAUGCGCCACGUGCUUGGGGAUGAAAAUUGGAGGGCCGGACUGAAGGCGUACCUUAGCGAUCGUGCCUUGAGUGUGGCGAUGGAUGAGCAGCUGUACGCCGGACUGCAGAGCGCGAUCGAGGGCAAGGGAGUGCUGCCGGGCGACGUAACCGUGGCGCAGAUCAUGCGCACCUGGACCAACGAGGCGGGCUACCCGGUGCUAACCGUGCGCCGCUCGUACGACACGGGCGAUGUCAUCAUCUCGCAGGAGCGGUUCUACUCCGAUCGCAAAGUGCCCAACGCCAACGUCUGGAUGAUCCCGUACAACUACGUGCGCCAGGCCCAGGCCGACUUUAACGAGUUCGAAGACUUCGAGUGGCUGGCGACGAAGGCGGCCCGGUUCGAGACGACCGUGCCCGCCACCGAGUGGAUCAUUUUCAACAAGCAGCAGGUGGGCUACUACCGCGUCAACUACGAUGAGCGCAACUGGGAGCUGAUCACGGACGCGCUGAUAGAGAACUGGGCCUCGGUGCAUCGGCUGAACCGAGCGCAGCUCAUCGACGAUGCCUACUGGCUGGCGCGAUCGGGCCGGCUCGACAUGCGGGUGGCGCUGCGCCUGAUGACGUACCUGCGCGACGAGCGCGAGUACGCGCCGUGGACGGCGGCAAACGUUGCGCUGUCGUACUUCAACAGCCGUCUGCGCGGAACCGAGGCAUACCGAGACUUCCUGGUGUUUGUGGACGCAUUGAUCGAGAAUGUGUACGGCACGUUGACGAUCAACGCGGUGUCACCGACCGAUACGCUCCUGCACAAGUACCUCGUGCAGACGGUCGCCACCUGGGCCUGCACGAUCGGUUACACCGACUGUCUGGAGAAGACGGCCGCACUGCUGACGGCGGAAGCGACCAGCAUGGGCCUGAACGCCGUCCAUCCGGACAUUGCCACCGUGACCUACUGCCACGGUAUGCGGGCGGCGGGUGCGACCGAGUUCCAGUAUCUGUACCGCAAGAUGAUGGACUCGAAGAACCUUGCCGAGCGGACGAUGCUGAUCGACUCGCUGGGCUGCUCGCACAACAAGGAGUUCCUGACGUCGUUGCUCACCACCGCCCUCGGCAAUGUGGAGAUCAACUACCGUGCGGACGAACGUAGCCGCGUGGUGCAGGCGGUCUACUCCGGCAGCCGUGCCGGGGUCGAUGCGCUGAUCGAGUUCCUGAUGGAUCCGAACAUGGUGAAUGAGUUCGUCAGUGCGCUGUCGGCGUCCACGCUCAACUCGGCCCUGUCUGCCAUCGCUUCCCGUACCAACACCGUGGAGGAGCUGAACAAGCUGAACGCUCUGAUCACCGCGCUGGGUGCGAGAGUUAGUGCCAACACCGCCACCAACCUGCGCAACACGGUCCAAGCGAACUUGGACUUUGUGAAUGGGUUCGAGGGUUUGAUGUUGUCCAACUUCCUGACCGAGUUUGCGGCGAACCUCCAGACCGAGGCUCCGGAAACGACUACGGUGACUGCUGCACCGGACACUACUACCACCGCUGCACCGGUUACUACUACCACUGCUGCACCAGCUGAAACCACUGCCGCACCCACCACCGUAACGACCACAACCGUACAAACGACGACGGAAGAUGACGGUGGAGCAGCAACGGUUGGUCUCUCGAUAGCGGCACUGCUGGUCUCGAUCACGAUGCAUCUGCUCGGAUAA